GAAAGCAAACAAUACUUGCAACUAAACUUCAGCGAAACGAGAACAUUCCCCUCCAGAUAGUCAAGGGACCGAUCGAUCUUCAAUCAAAGGUAGAACUAGGGUUUUGAUCUUUCUGUAUAUGAAGAGGGUUGCAUAGGAGGCUUUGAGAAAGAGAUGAGUCAGGUAUUCGAAGGGUACGAGCGCCAGUACUGCGAGCUCUCUGUGAAUCUCUCCCGAAAAUGUAGCUCGGCUGGUCCUCUUCCUGCUGGAGAGCAGAAGCAGCAGAAGAUUUCUGAGAUUAAAGCUGCAGUGGAUGAUGCUGAUGUUUUGAUUCGAAAAAUGGACCUCGAGGCAAGAAGUCUGCAGCCAAGUGCAAAGGCUAUGAUGCUUGCAAAGUUAAGGGAAUACAAAUCGGAUCUAAAUAAGUUGAAAAGGGAAUUUAAAAGAAUAUCAUCACCUAAUGCUGAUCAGGCUUCCCGUGAAGAGUUGUUGGAGUCUGGAAUGGCAAAUGUGCAUACGGCUUCUGCUGAUCAAGGAGCGAGAAUGGCAAUGUCAGUAGAGAGAUUGAAUCAGUCAAGUGACAAAAUUAUGGAGAGUAGAAGAACCGUGCUGGAGACCGAAGAGCUUGGUGUCUCAAUCCUAGAAGAUUUGCAACAACAGCGUGAGACUCUACUACAUUCCCAUAAAAAGCUUCAUGGAGUAGAUGAUGCCAUCGACAAGAGUAAAAAAGUUUUAACUGCCAUGUCGCGUAGGAUGUCCAGGAACAAAUGGAUCAUCGGCUCAGUUGUCGGAGUUCUUAUUGUUGCAAUCAUCUUUAUUCUAUUUUAUAAGCUUUCUCAUCAUUAACCUAUACUUGACGUUGUUUCGGGUACAGAUGAGACUUGCCAUUGCAGUAUCUGCUUGCUUGUAUAUAGAUAGACUCAUCAAACAUGUACAAUUUAUCUGCAUUGAAUGCUUUAAUAAUUAUAUCAUACUUGGGGUAGCUUUACCCUUACAUUA